AUCCAAUAGAAACAGGUGAAUGACUUAUGGGUAAGGAAGUUUCUUAUCUCUCACUCUCUCCGUGCCCUCUUUUUUUCAAAGCUUAUAUAUCGGAGACGCCAGGAUUCGAAGCGAGAGUACUAAACAGCAUCACAUUCAAUGCUCCUGCACUCCACCUUAAAAGAUCCCUGCAUUCUCCAUACAAUUCAACAAUUGCCACUAUUAUUACGGUGAUUCACUUAGUUACCGAGUUUUACAAUCACUUACACAUCUUGUCUAUUUUAGUCUCAUUUAUUUUUUAAGCUUAUGUAUUGACAUUGAUCCAUUAAUUGUCGAUAACGUUAUCAUUUAAUUGGUCAAUUUCAUAUUUCAUAUCGACACAUAGUUUAUUCAUUAUGGUAUCUCCCACUACUUCACUAUCUACUAGUAAACCUACUCCUAUUCCUAAUUCAAAUAAAUCCAAUUCUUAUCCUAAUGGAGAAUCUCAACCAGAAUUAAGUUUAAGUUCAAGUCUAGAUUAUGAUACUGGAGUAUCUAAUGGGGAUGUUGAUUGGUUAUUUCGAGGUAAAUCCAAGAAAUUAACUAAGAAGAUGAAUACUACUACACAACCUACUGAUUCUACUAAUACUAAUACUAAUACUAAAGAUCAUGACACUUCAGCUCCUGCGUCUCCUAAACAAUCGAGAACAUUGAGUACGACUACUUCCAAUUUGGAUACUACAUCUACAUCUACAUCUACCCCCACUACCCCUACUACCAGUAAUACUACCACCACUGCUACCAAUACCACUUCAACUCCUACUACUACUACUACUGCUGCCUCAACAUUAUCGAAAUUCAAAUUCGGUAGAUCAAGAUCAAGCUCUGCUUCGGUGGCACAACCACAAGUUCAACAUAUCCAGAAUUUAGACGAUUCCUCCAAAAGAAGAGGUAGUCUUAAUAUUCUUACAUCUGCUGCUACUGAUUUAGCUGUUAAUAAUUCAAAUGAUUUAUCAUCAUUGCCAUCAUCUUCUACUCCUUCCACCGUAACUAAAGUAGAAUCUUCCAGUCCUAAUGUAUCAAGAAGUAAUUCAGGUAAGUCAAGAUCACUUUUCAGUUCACUUUCAUCUAAAUUUAAAUCUUCAACUUCAACUUCUUCAAAUACUACUUCUCCUAAUAUAUCAGCUACUUCAACUGCUUCAAAUUUAUCUCCUUCAUUACCUGAUAGUGGGAAUUCUAGUGCUGCAAGUAGUGCUAAUAUUUCUCCUGUGGUAUCUCAACAACCAGGUCCUUCUAAAUUAUCAUUAAAUACUCCAAGUGUUAAUAUUCCAUUAAAUCCUAAUCAAGAAACCCUAGUUAAUAAACCUCCUGCUGGGGGAGGUAUAGUGACAAUUCCUAAACGUAGAACAUCUUCAUUAAGUUCAAUGUUAUCAUCUUCACCUAGUGAUAUUUCCAAUAGUUUAAUAGGACUUUCAAGUUCCAAUACUACUUCUCAAUCACCCAUUGAAUCAGGAAAAUUCUUUGGAAGAAGAAGAUCUUCAGCAGCUCAAACUGUAGUGGAUAAAAAGACCAUUGCAUCUACAACUACUCCAGCAAGAAUUGUUCUUAAUAAAAAUCCUAAUCGAGAACAAGUCCCACUUAAAGAAUUAUCUGGAGUUAAGUUACGUCGAGUUACAUUUGCUCUUGAUAAGUUGGUAUAUGAUCCUCAACAACAAAUUCCUUCUAGACGUCCAAAAAAGGGGAAUGUAUUAAUUCCUCAAGAUAUUACUGCUCCACCUCCAAGAUUAUCUCAAGGUAUAUCAUUAAAUGAUGGUACUUCGACUUCAGUUCCAGUCAAUACUAAUCCUCAAUAUUCAGAAAAGGAGAUUGCCCUUGCGUUAGAAGCUCAACGUCGAGCCUUAGUAGAAGCUGAGAAACAUGCACAAGAAGCUCAUCUAACAGCUAAACGUUUAGCAACUGAAGUAGGGAGUUAUAAACCACUUAAGAUUACUAUUUCUGGUGGUAAACGAUUCACUCCUAAUCUUAUUCGUGAAGCAGAUGAAUAUGAGAAUGCCAUUGAAGAUGAUGAUAAUGACAAUGACAAUGAAAAUGACAAUGACAAUGAUAAUGACAAUGAUAAUGAUGAAGAAGUAGUGGAUACACAUUUCCAAAAAUUCGAAAUUGAUAUGCCCUUACAUGUUCAUGAGAAUCAUUUUGAAGAUGAAGAACAACCCAUAAGUCUAGAUGAUAUAUCACUUGAAACUAUAUACACCAGAUGUUGUCAUUUACGAGAGAUCUUACCAAUUCCAGCUACUCUUAAACAACUUAAGGGGAAAUCCAAACCAUUACAAGUAUUAAAAUUAUUAAAUCCUAAACCUACAUUAAUUGAUGUAUUAUCAUUUAGUGAUUUUAUUGCUAUAACUCCUAUAAAUACCGUGAUUUUUGAUAAUGUAACUAUGACAACAGAGAUGUUAAAACAUUUUUUAUCAUCACUAGUUCAUAAUAAAUCACUUGAAAAAUUAUCCUUAAGGAAUGUAGCCAUUGAUGAACUUGGUUGGAAAUAUUUAUGUAAAUUUUUAUCGAGAAAUUCUACUAUUAAGAAGUUAGAUAUUUCUCAACAACGGAUUAAAAGUGAUACUAAAUCUAAUUUAAUUCGGGCUAAUAUGAAUUGGGGAUUAUUUAUUCAAUCUCUUAUACUUCGAAAGGGAAUUGAAGAAUUAGUUAUUAAUGGGUGCAAAUUAUCUGAUGAAAUCUUUAAAGAAUUAAUUGAAAAUGCAGUAAAGAUAUCUACUUAUAGAUUAGGAGUAGCAUCAAUGGAAUUAAAUAUCUUUAAAUCCCAAAUUGUGGCGAAUUGGAUUAGUGAACCUGAUUCAAAAUGUGUUGGAGUUGAUGUUGCAUUUAAUGAUUUAAGUCAAGGACAAUUAAAACCAUUAAUUAAUGCAUUAAAUAAAUUAGCCACCACAAAUCAUUCUAAAUUAUUAUUCUUUUCUUUACAUUCAACUCAUUUAACUAAUAUAGAUGAAACAGCAGAACUUUUAAAGGCUUUAGUUAAUGUUAAAACUUUAAGAUUCUUAGAUUUAAGUUCUUUACCAGAUUUAUUUCCAGGAAUAAUUUCAAAAUUAAAUAAGAUUUUACCUCAAUUUGAAAAUCUUAGACGAAUUCAUUUUGAUUUAAAUGAUUUAACUCCUCGAGCUAUUGGAGCUAUUUCUGAAAUUAUUCCAAAAAUGAAAUCUUUAGUCCAUCUUUCAUUACUUGGAAAUCGUUCAUUAAAUCAUUCAUCUGCGGCUACUUUAUAUGCAGCUGUUAAGGCAUCAACCACUAUAUUUACAUUAGAUUUAGAUUAUGAUUUAGUUGAUGAUGAUUUAUCUCAACGUAUAGCUUUUUAUCUUAUGAGAAAUAUGGAUAGAACUUUAAAACCAGAACUUGGAAAGGAUAAUAAACCUCAAGAUGAAAAGGAAGAAGAUUUAAUAUUUGAUGGAACUUUAUUAAUGCAAACAGCUGAAAAAUUAUUAAGAGAAAGUGAUAAUGGGAAUGGAGAAGGAGAACCUGAUAAAGAAGAUCCAAAAAUUCAAAGAAUUGUAACUAAUGCCUUGAUUGAAAGAACUCGAGCAGUUAGAAAGGAUAUUCAUAAAGUUAUAGAUACAUUAUUUGAAAAGAGAAAUCAAGGUACAAUAUCUUUUGAAGGUAAAGAAAAUUUAUUAAGAUUUUGUUUAUUAGAUUCAGCAUUAGAAAAAUUAGUUAAUAUGUUUGAAGAAAGAUCUAAAUGUAAUAAUACAUUUCAAGAUGUAUUAACUCCUUCACCAUCGGUUGAUGAAAGGAGUGGAUUUGAUUUAAAAGAUCAAUCAUCAAUUAAACCAGAUGCUUCAGGUACUCCAUUGACUCUGAUAUCUUUAGAUAUUACUAAUUCUGGUAGUAGUAAUACUAAUAAUACUAAUACUAACACUAAUAAUAGUAAUAGUAAUAGUAUUAAUACUACUAAUACUAAUAAUGAUAGUAUAGGUAAUAAAGUAUUAUUAUCAUCAUCAGGAAAUAAAUUCUUUCCUCAUGAUACAUUACAUGAAAGUUCAACUGAAAUGAUUACUGCCGGUCCUAUAUUAAGUCCAAGAAAUGCCGAAACUUUGGAUCCAUUUUUAGGUAUAGAUCAAACAUUUCAACCUCAUCAAGUUGUUAUUGAAUCUUCAUCAGAUGGUAAAGAUGUUCCAAUUGAUAAUUUUACUGGAAGACCAAUUCUUAUGAGAUCAAUUAGUCAAACAUCUACUCAUGCUAAAGAACAAGAACAAGAAGAAGGUGAAUUACAUCGAUUUGGAUUCUUUAUGCAACAACAUGAUGAUGAUGAUGAACAAGUCAAUGGAGAGAAUAAACAACCAUUAACAGAAAUACCCACCUUAAAUGUCUUACCAUCAGGUCCUGAAUUAAGAGAUGCUAUUAUGGAAGCUAAAGGAAUUGAAAGUGUUACCGAAUUAAUUAAUAAAAUUAAUAAUAAUUGUGUUAGCAUUGAUAAUAUUUAUAAAUUACCUACUAAGAAAUCAUCAAUUGGAUCAAAUACCACUACUCCAGUAAUUACUACUUCUUCAUCUAAUGAUGAUAAGAAAAAAGAUGGAGGAGUUGGAACUUCAUUAGAUGAUGGGAAACCAAUUAAGAAAUCUUCAAUUACAUCGGCUGAUAAUAAUGAUACUGAUUCAAUCGAUUCAUUUGAUGAUGAAAAUGCCAAUAAUGAUAAUGAAAAUAAUCCGGCUCAACAAGUGAAUGCCGUGGUAGAUGAAGUUUAUGAUAAAUUAUUAAACGAUGCACAAAGAGUUAGGCUGAAUAAACAAGAAUAAGCUUGCAUUUGUAUAUUAUAUAGUAUGUACAUUAUCUUUACAUUAUAUAUAUUAUAUUUACAUUAUAUUUGUUAUACUUAC